CGGCGGCGACGUGGGCAGCGGCGGAGCGGAGGCGGGGAGCGGGGGGCUCCCGGCGGCAUGGAGGGGCUGUACCAGCACACCAACAAGCAAGUCCAUGAGGUCCAGUCUUACAUGGGGCGCCUGGAGACUUCAGACAAAGAGUCAGUGCACUUGGUAGAAAAUGAAAUUCAGGCCAGAAUAGACAAUAUCUUCAGCAACUUGGAACGUCUGGAAAUCCUGUCCAGCAAAGAACCUCCCAAUAAGCGACAGAAUGCUAAACUCCGAGUUGACCAGCUCAAGUAUGAUGUUCAGCACCUGCAGACAGCUCUGAGGAACUUCCAGCAUCGCCGUUACAUCCGGGAGCAGCAGGAGCGACAGCGAGAGGAGUUGCUUGCACGUACAUUCACUACGAAUGACUCUGACACCACCAUACCGAUCGACGAAACAUUACAGUUUAAUGAAUCCCUCCAGAAUGCCCAUCGUGGCAUGGAUGAUCUUAUUGGCAGUGGGACCAACAUCCUUCAGGGCCUGAGGGACCAGAGAGUGACAUUAAAGGGUACUCAUAAGAAGAUCCUGGAUGUGGCCAACAUGUUGGGCUUAUCCAACACAGUGAUGCGGCUGAUUGAGAAGCGAGCCUUCCAAGAUAAAUACUUCAUGAUUGGGGGAAUGAUUCUGACUUGUGUCAUUAUGUUUCUCGUCGUGCAGUAUCUGACAUGAGCUACUGAACUGUAUUAUCAGAGGCAAUGGUCUUUUGGAGCAAGAUGGACUGUCCUCCAAAGUGUACUUUCCUUUGAGUGCUGCUUUGGAUAAGCCCCUCCUGUGAACUCCAGUGUUCACAAAUCACACUCGUGCGGGAAGCACACAGGGAAACAAAUUUCUCUGGGAACACUGUAGUUGAGAAUGGUCCUAUAAAAAAUUACCCCAUCCCCUCCUGCUCUCACCUCAUUGUCUGCAAGUUUAAGAGUCUGUUAAGUAGGAAGCAGCAGUGAAAACUUUACCCAGCUGUAUUGCAAGGUAGGAGUGUCCUUUGGAUAGGGAUAGGUAGGGAUAAGAGGAUUCAAAGGCAGAGCAUAAGAUGUAAUGAGCCUUUCCUGUACUAGCUAGAAGGGAUCCUGAUCACUGUAUUUUGCCAUGAAAGAAUGCCCCUGAGGAGAACUUGCACCAAUUGUAGCACACUCCUGGGGAGCCAGUGUGCAGAAAGAUGGGAAGUAAAGGAUUCCCAUCUG